GAGCCCCGCUCCCGGCCGCCCCAGCCGGGGCGCGACGGCCGGAGAGCAGCAUGCUGCUGCUGGGGCUGCUGGCGCUGGGGCUGGGGCUGCUGCGCCCCGCGGGCUGUCCCCGCACGGAGCCCCUGAGCGGCUCCAGCGACGAGCCGCUGUUCCGCGGAGCCGACCGCUACGACUUCGCCGUCGUCGUCCACGCGGGCGCUGCGGAGUGCUUCUGGCAGUUCGCGCAGCAGAGCGGCAACUUCUUCUUCAGCUACGAGGUCCAGUGGGCGACGGGGAUGGCGGGCGACCGGCACAUCCUGGCCACGGUGAGCGACCCCAGCGGCUUACGGCUUGGCUCUUCCCAGCACGCGCGAGGACAGAUCAACUUCCCGACCAAGGAGACAGGCUUUUACCAGCUGUGCCUGAGCAACCAGCACAACCGCUUUGGCUCCAUGCAGGUUUAUCUCGACUUCGGUGUGUACUACCAAGGCUUCGACGCGGAGAAUGAGCAAGAGGCAGAGAGGAAACAGCUGAACGACACCCUGGAUGCCAUCGGGGUCAGCAUGCGGAAGCUGCAGCUCCACGUCUUCCACAUGCGGAGGUUCUACAACUUCGCCCGGAUGAGGAAAGGGGCCGACUCCUUCCUCCUCGAGUCCAACUACAGCUACGUCAACUGGUGGUCGCUGGCUCAGAGCUGCGUCAUCGUCCUCUCCGGGGCGCUCCAGCUCUGCUUCCUGAAGCGCCUCUUCGCUGUGCAGCCCGCUGCCAGGCCCAGGUGCUAGGGGCUCCGAGCACCGCCGCUGCCUGCGCCCGCCCUGCCUCUGCCCACGGCAAACGGGAACCACGCCGCUCCUCCGCACCUCCACACCGGCCCCUAGCUGCCGCGGGACAGGGAGGGCAGGACCGGAUCCCGUCUCGGGGAGAGGGCAGCGCAGCCGGGCGUGCAGAGCUCCCUGGGCUCCUGCAUUCGGCUCUAGCCCUGCCUCUGCUGAUACCACUUUGAAGGAAAAAAGGUUUGAAGUAACUGCCUUAA